GCCCUUACCGGAAGUGGCUGCAGACGAGUGUUUUUGUACCAGUGAUCAUGACCCGCAGAGGGAUGUGAAAACUGGGUUGAAAUGGGAAACCCAGUCACGUUUCAACGGUUUAAACGACUUUUAUGUAGAGAUAAGGAGUCGAAGACAACUUACGGUAUGAUGUUCGCGGUUUACUGGUCGGCUCUGGCCGUAAUUUCGUCGGUUGGAGCAGCUAAAACGGACGGAGACGAUGAUUGGGUUCAUCUUCCAAACAGAUGUGAAGUCUGUAAGUUCGUCAGCAUCGAGAUGAAGUCGGCCUUCGAAGAGACGGGCAAGACGAAGGCCGUCAUCGAGAGCAACUACAACUUCAUAGACGGGAAGGGAGCGCCGCCGGUUAAAUACGUCAAGUCAGAUCUGCGAUUCAUCGAGGUUGUGGAGAACGUGUGCCAGAGGCUGCUGGAGUACAACCUGCACAAAGAGAGGAGCGGCAGCAACCGCUUCGCCAAGGGCAUGUCGGAGACGUUCUCCACCCUUCAUGGCCUGGUGCACAAGGGAGUGAAGGUGGUGAUGGAUAUUCCCUAUGAGCUUUGGAACGAGACGUCUGCUGAAAUCUCCGACCUCAAGAAACAGUGUGAUGUGAUGGUGGAAGAGUACGAGGAUGUGAUUGAAGACUGGUACAAAGGGAACCAGGAGGAAGACCUGACCACUUACCUGUGUGAGAAACACGUCCUGAAAGGAGGAGACAAAGCCUGCCUGAACGAGAACUGGACUCCAAAGAAGAAAGGAGACCAGGCAGCUAUUGCAGAGGACAAGAAGAAGAAAAAGAAGAAGGGAGGCAAGAAAGGAGGAGAGAAGGGAGACGGAAGCUCAGACGGAGAGAAGACGACCAAGAAGAAAAAAAAAGAGAAGAAAGUGAAGAAGAAGAAAAAGAGCAAAGCUCCAGUGGAGAAGUCGGACGGAGGGCAGACGUCGGAUGAGGAGAUCCAGCCUCAGGUGCCUCUUUCUGGGCAGAAAACGGAGCUGUGAGCCGCUGGAUUUCCCUCUGGAUUCUCCUGCCUGCUUCAAACUGCAGCUGUCGUCUAAACAGGAAACAUGCUGAACAAGCACUUUCUGUUAGAGUUUUAAAGUCCUUUAAGCCAGAACGUUAUUGUUGUUUUAGGACUUCAUGGCAAACAGUUUUAAUUUAAAAGUACCUUUUUGGUAUUUGUCGGACGGUUCGUUUUCAUCCUAUUGUCUACAUCCACUAAUCAGAAGGAAUGGCAUUUAAAUUUGGGAGCCUUUAAUUAAUGAAUUUAUUACACAACAAGACUCUUCAGUUAUUUAUAAAAACAAAAAUUAGUGUCUUUUGGUCUGCUUGGGUCAUUAAGAUCAUGAUUCUGUUGAAAAACUCAGUUUUGCCCCAAAUUUAUGUGACGUGAAUCUAAAAUCACGACUGAAAGAUGAGAUUAUAUAAUUUAUGACUGAAAAUCAAGUAUAAUCUAAUUCUGCUUUCUUUUAAAAGAUGCAUUUCUAAUGGUUUUCUGAUUGUAAAUUAAACUUCUUGGGAAAUGAAAACUGAGGUCUGAGUCUAGAAAGCAAACUUUCACUUUAAAGUUGUGAAACUUUUGUCAUAUUUUGCUACAGAUCGUCUCCUAACAAAGUGACUCGUUCGUUUCCUAUUCUCUGUUUUCAUAUCAGUAAAUUCCUGAGAGCUGGACCUUUAGGUACAUUAAUUUGUGUUUAAGUCUGUUUUUGUGCACUGUACAAAAGCUGCUAUCUAAGGUGUGUGUGGUUGACCUCAGCUGUUGCAUUUUUCUGUGUGUUUUUAUGAGAUUUUUACUCUGAAGUAAGAUGUUGGUGUUGAUGUAUUGGAGCUGGAACUAUUUGAAACUCUGCAAACAUUGGAUGAAUUAAAGCAGGUCAAUAUGUUGCCUCAUUUUAUGUGGUUGUAGAAGAUUGUUUUUUUGAGAUAACUUGGUUUGAAUUUGUUUCAAAAUUAUUAAAUUUAGCCUUUUAAAGUUA